UUUUGCUCAUACUUAUGGCUACAGGAAAUUGGACAAGAAUAAGUGAGUUUAUCCUCAUGAGCUUCUCUUCGCUGCCUACUGAAAUACAGUCAUUGCUCUUCCUGACAUUUCUAACCAUCUACCUGGUCACCCUGAUGGAAAACAGCCUCAUCAUUCUGGUUACCCUAGCUGACCCCAUGCUACACAGCCCCAUGUACUUCUUCCUCAGAAACUUGUCUUUCCUGGAGAUUGGCUUCAACCUAGUCAUCGUACCCAAAAUGCUGGGGACUCUACUUGCCCAGGACAUAACCAUCUCCUUCCUUGGCUGUGCCACUCAGAUGUACUUCUUCUUCUUCUUUGGGGUGGCUGAAUGCUUCCCCCUGGCCAUCAUGGCAUAUGACCGCUAUGUGGCCAUCUGCAGUCCUUUGCACUACCCAGUCAUCAUGAACCAAAGGACACGUACCAAACUGGCUGCUGCCUCCUGGUUCCCAGGCUUUCCUGUAGCUACUGUGCAGACCACGUGGCUCUUCAGCUUUCCAUUCUGUGGCACCAACAAGGUGAACCACUUCUUCUGUGACAGCCCACCUGUGCUGAGGCUGGUCUGUGCAGACACAGCACUGUUUGAGAUCUACGCCAUCGUUGGAACCAUUCUGGUGGUCAUGGUCCCUUGCUUGCUGAUCUUGUGUUCCUACACUCGCAUUGCUGCUGCCAUCCUCAAGAUCCCAUCAGCUAAAGGGAAGCAUAAAGCCUUCUCUACGUGCUCUUCACACCUCCUUGUUGUCUCACUUUUCUAUAUAUCAGUAAGCCUCACAUAUUUUCGGCCUAAGUCAAAUAAUUCUCCUGAGGGCAAGAAGCUCCUAUCAUUGUCCUACACUGUCGUGACUCCCAUGUUGAACCCCAUUAUCUACAGCCUGAGAAAUAGUGAGGUGAAGAAUGCCCUCAGCAGGACGAUAUGCAAGGCCCUAGCCCUCCAAAACUGUAUCCCAUAGGCCUUAGGAAGCAAGACUGCAUUUUACUGGAUGAGAAACAGUGAGUCCCAGAUUUGAGAUUCCUUUCUGUAUCUUUCCAUAUAUCCAAUGAGAUGAAG